AUAUUCGCUUAUGCAACGCUGCAACUUCGCAUACAGACACUGCUUGACCGGUGGAAAGAGCAGACGUUUAUGUUUCUUCGGUUUCUUCGCAGAGCGUGCCCUCAAUGCAGUUUUGAAAGAACAGAAAGAGUUACUUUGUAACUAGUAGUCUAACACCAUAUUAUCAGGAAUGAUGAUCAAUAAUUCGUAGCUUUACAGUGAGCGAAUUUUCAAGAAGAAUGUACAGAUAUGUUGUAAGACAAUUAAGUGAUUGGGAAUACUUGAAAUUCUAAGUUCUCGAAUACUAUUUUGACCAUAUUCCUGAGUGCUUGUACUACAUCUCAAGCACAUUUCAAAUUGUGUACUUGUCUUGUGGCCGGUGUUCCCAAGUACCCGUAGGGCAUUCCUUUGGUUGGCGCGUCACCAUCCUGCAAGUCGAUAAUUCUGCGUCACCGUUACACAAACUUUGACAACCUGUGGCAAAUACUACAUUUUAAAGAAAAACACCAGAGCUGUUCAGGUGUUAAACGUUGCGAACAGAAACAUUCACACAUGCACGAGCUGUGAAAUGCAGAACACUGACUGAAAUUUAUUGUUAUUUUUUAUAUUGUCCCUUACAAAGACACAAAAGAGAGGAAGUCUUAUGUUGCCCUUCCAAACACUCUUAAACUACAGUCAACCCUCGAUUUAUGAAUGUUCGAUUUAUGAAUUCCCUCGUUUUAUGAACACGAGCACAGGGAACCAAACUUUUUCCAUUCAUUUUUCCCUCGUUUUAUGAACCUCGAUAUUCGAAUAAUGAACGGAAUUUCUGGGAACCAACUAGGAGUUGCCCAGCGUUUUUGCCCUCAGUUUAUGAACGGAUCGUUCCAAGGUCAACAGAAGCGUUCAAAGGAAUUAUUCCGUGGUCUUAUGAAUGACGCCUGAACGGACAAAACGUUUUCCAGUCCUUUGCCAUGGAAGAAUUUCGUUGGCUCUGGGGAAUGGGUCCAGGCUUUGCAGUCCCUGGGAAGAGCAUUACGGUGCUGCAUGAACCUACACAGUACUACGAGCUCCUUAAGGAGCUGUCCAGAAAAGCCCAGCACCGAAUCAUCCUAGCGUCUCUCUACCUUGGCACUGGAGAACUUGAAAAGGAUCUGGUAAAAUGUGUCGCAGAAGCUGCGCGUCAUCGCCAGGUGAAAGUCCACUGGCUCCUGGAUUGCACCAGAGGUUCGCGUGGAGGUGAUCAGAGUUCUAGGUCACUCCUUGUGCCUCUAGUACGGGAGUUUGGCCGGAACAUUCCUGGUCCCGGUCAGGGGUGCAUGCGGGUGUCGUUGUACCACAGCCCUCUUCUCCGUGGGCCCCUGCGAUGGCUGCUGCCUGCUCGCUGGAAUGAGGUGGUGGGCCUCACACACCUCAAGGUCUACCUCUUCGACGAUACACUCAUGCUUAGCGGGGCCAACUUGGGCGACCAGUACUUUGUGAACCGCCAAGACCGCUAUGUCGUAUUCCACGACUGUCCUGCCUUGGCCAACUUCUUUGCUCAGCUCGUGUCGAUCGUGGCGUCAUUCUCCUUCCAGCUACAGGAGGACAAUUCGCUUGCCUUAAACUCGCCAAAUCAAGUGCACCCUUACAAAGGAGAUAGCAAAGUAUUUGCUAAGAAUGCUGGGUCACAGAUCGAGGCACUUCUGACGCCAACUAAUCACAAAGCCAACACGAACAGUUCUACCAGGGACACGUGGGUCUUUCCAUUGAUACAGGCAGGUCCCUUCAAAGUGACCCAAGAUCAGCGAGUAACUGAACAAUUGCUUCAGAUGGCACCAGAGGGAUCUAAAGUGCACCUCGCUACAGGCUACUUCAACCUGACCUCUCGCUACGCGCAGUUGCUACAAAAUAACGCUAGCUGCAAUUUUCGGCUGCUUUUGGCUUCUCCUCAGGUAAACGGCUUCUAUGGAGCUAAAGGCGCUAGCGGAUGGAUUCCAACCAUGUACACAUGGCUUGCACGCCAGUUCUGGGAGGGACUUGGGCCAUCCCGUCAGCACAUAGAGAUGGCUGAAUAUGAGCACCCAGGUUGGACGUUCCACUCCAAAGGGCUAUGGUACCAGGCCCCUGGUCAGCCCAAGCCUUGCCUUACACUGAUUGGAUCACCUAAUUUUGGUCAUCGUUCAGUUCAUAGAGAUUUGGAGGCCCAAGUUGCAAUUGUCACAGGCAACCCUGAUCUUCAGGAGCAACUACAUCAGGAAUACCAGCGACUGUGGGACCGAUCAAGACCUGUCACCCAAGCAACAUUUCAGGCAUCGGACCGGCAUGUGCCUCUGUGGGUGCGAUGGGUGACGCCUUUGUUGAGGAAUCUUUUCUAGUACAAGACAGUAUUGUGAUUCAUCGACUUAGAGUCAUUGACAUACAAACCAUAUUCAUCUGGGAAGAAGCUUCCACGAGUGGAGAACAGUCAUGGUGCCUUGUCUAUAUAGCCAUCUCUGUAUUAUAGCUUGAUAAUUCCG